CUGUUCAUUACGUGGACAAAGGCCAGCCGUCUGGACGGCGACUACCGGCUGAGGGGCUGCAUAGGGACGCUGGAGCCUCGGCCAUUGCACUCGGCAGUGCGGGAUUAUACAUUGACGAGCGCAUUGCGAGACCGGCGCUUCAACCCCAUCCAGGCCAAGGAGCUGCCGUACUUGCGCUGCACCGUCUCGCUGCUGAGCUGCUUCGAGCAGGCGGCAACCUGGAGCGACUGGGAGAUUGGCGUGCAUGGUCUGAUUAUCGAGUUUGUGGAGCCUCACAGCAGCCAGCGGCGCACGGCCACCUUCCUCCCAGAGGUGGCAUCGCACGAGGGCUGGGACAAGCAGCAGACCAUCGACCAGCUCAUCCGCAAAGCCGGCUUCACCAGCACAGCGGUGACAGUCCGUAGCAGCCUACGGGUCACGCGUUACCAGUCCACAACCUGCAGCCUGACGUACGACGAAUACUGCAAGCUGAAGGACAGGGAGCAUGCAGGCAGCAAGGUGCUGCUGCACAAGCAGCAGCUGGUGACAGUCUCGGCAGCGCAGUAG